AUGGAAGUCUCUUGCAUAGCAUUUGAGUAUGCUGGGAGAGGAGCUUGUAUAGCCCUUGUUGCAAGAAGAAAGGAACGUCUGAUACAAGUCGCUGCCAUGGCUGAGCUGAUUGGAUCACCUGAAGCUAUUUUUAUCCCUGGAGAUGUUACCAAGGACGAAGAUUGUGAAAGAUUUAUAGAUGCAACAGUGAAGCACUUUGGUUCUUUGGAUCAUCUGGUGGCCAACGCUGGGGUUGCAACAGUGGGCGUGUUCGAAGACGCCCCUGAUGUCACUCCUUUUGCACCAGCCAUGGACAUAAACUUCUGGGGCUCAGUGUACUGUACCUACUUUGCAAUUCCGCACUUCAAAAAGAAAAAUGGAAGGAUCGUAGUAAUUGCUUCAGUUGCCGCAUUUCUACCUAUCCCAAGACUAAGCUUCUAUAAUGCAAGUAAAGCAGUGUAUAGCAUGUAUGAGACGAGGGUAGAAUGAGGAUCAGAGAUCGGAAUAACAAUUGUUAUUCCUGGAUUGAUCAAGUCAGAAAUGACACAAGAAAAAUUCCUAAACGAGCAAGCGGAGUCUACCACAGAGUGUGCCAAAGCAAUUGUAGAUGGUGCAUGCCGAGGAGAGAAAUACCUGGUUGAACCAGCUUGGUACCGUUCCAUAAUUUAUUUCAGGUACUUUUUCCCUGAUAUAGUAGAGUGGAGCAACCGUUUAUUUUUAAUCUUGACAAGAUCAAUCUACAACAGAUAG